CGAGAACAAGAACAGCGUGCUGCCUUACAGGAAGCCAAAAGCGCUACGUCGGGUAAAGAGGAAGCUGAAGUCGCAGGGGGUAAUAAAUCUUCUGGAGGGUCAUCGGACGAAAACGCGUGGCAAGUAGUGCAGCCACGUGCGCCAUUGCCACGCACGGCAUCCCAGCAGGCAGCGGCCGCAAGGCGUCACC